UUGUAUAUAUCGAUAUAUGUGUGAGGGAAAGUCAAUAAAAUUGUUGUGAUAUUUCGAUUUUGUUUAGUGAUAGUUCCAAUCGAGAACCUUUAAGGCAGAAGACAAAACUUUUGCACAAUGCCAGCCACAAGACAUUGAAGCCGCUUAAGUUAAAAUAAAUAAAUAAAUAAAUAGCAGAAACAAAGCAAAUCCUUAAUAGUUACAUAACGGCCUAUAUAGUUUGGUUUUAGUUUCAAUUGUAGUUAAACUUAAUGUAUUUCCAUAGCGCAACUACUGCAAAUACUCACAGCAACAAUAAGAAUAAUUUAGCGCACGCUUAAAGCCCAAGCAACACACACACACACGCACACACAGACAGACACACCAAUGCAAAGAUGUCGCAACCUAACGAACAUCAGACAACACACGCGCAACACAAUCAAAACACAACACCAACAACAACAGGCAACACAGACUCUAGCACAGACAGCAACCACACAGCAGCCCAUAGCCCGGCAACACCUGUGCCCAAUGAGCUGAAGCAGAGGCAGAAACCUGUGCUCUCGCCGUUGAAUGUGCGGCGGCUUUCCACAUAUGCAGCGCACAAUGAUGCCGCUGAGUUUGGCGACGAUGAGGGCGUGGCGCCGGCGCCAGCGCCGCCUUUAUCCACAACCAUCAAUAUCAAUGCAAUUAGCAACAACAACAACAACAACAACACCAACAAUAACAACAACUACAAUAACAACAACAACAACACAUCAUCAACAACGUCUUCAUCAUAUGCCACGCCCCCAAUAUACCAGCAACAGUUGUCAACAAUGACAACGACAACGCCGCUCGAUUCGGCCAUCGACGAUAAAUAUAAAUUAUUUGCCAUCUACAAUGGAAACGACCCCGACAAUGAGAAGUUGUCCGGCCUUCCACAUUCAACAACUGGUUCACUAAGCUCAAUCAUCACGACGUCCAUAGCAUCUUCCGAACCGGAUCCAGGUGCGGCGGGCGGCGGCAGCGGUGGAGGCGGAGCUGGCGGCGGUGGUGGUGGUGGCGGCGGCGGUGGCGGCGGCAUCGGUUCUGGUGCCCUGGCAGCUGACGCAUCCAGCAUUGCGGGCAUCAAUGGCAGCUCCGAGGAGAAGUUGGCACUCAAUCGACCUGGCAUCAAGCAAGAGAAGUGGACCACCAUAUUGCUGCAGGUCUCCAUACCGUUCUUUCUGGCAGGCAUCGGCACCAUCGGAGCGGGCAUUGUACUGGGACGCGUCGAGAAAUGGUAUGUCUUCAAGAACGUCAGUGAGCUGUUUAUUUUGGUGCCGGCGCUGCUAGGGCUGAAGGGUAAUCUGGACAUGUGCCUCGCCUCGCGUCUCUCCACGCAGGUGAAUCUGGGCAAUAUGACGGCCCGUUCGAAUGUGGUGCGCAUGAUUGUGGGGAAUAUAGCGCUCGUGCAGGUCCAGGCAACUGUCGCCUCCUUUCUGGUGGCCAUGUUCGCGACGAGUGUGGGCGCGGCAAUGACAGGCAAUUUCUACUUUGAGAAUGUGAUGCUCUUGACCGCAUCGGCCAUGUUUACGGCCACCUCAUCGUGCUUUGUGCUGGAUUUUGUGCUAGUCGCUGUGAUCCUCUUCUCGCAAAAGUAUCGCCUGAAUCCGGAUAAUUUGGCUACGCCGCUGGCUGCUUCCAUUGGUGAUGUCGUCUCCAUCAGUUUGCUGUCUUUCAUUGCCUCGCUGCUCUACGAGAACAUAAAGACCCAUCUCUGGAUCACUUUCAUUGUGGUUACCUGCUAUCUGGUGCUGCUGCCCAUGUGGGUUGUCAUUGUGCUGAAGAACGAGUAUACGCGGCCGGUGUUGAAAAGCGGCUGGGUUCCAGUGCUCUCAGCGCUCUGCAUCAGCGGGCUCGGCGGUCUCGUGCUGGAUGCCGCAGUGGAGGUCUUCAAUGGUUUUGUGGUCUUUCAGCCAAUCAUUAAUGGCAUCGGCGGCAACCUGGUGUCCGUGCAGGCAAGCAAAAUAUCAACGAUGCUGCACCAGAGCUCAAUUAUUGGCAUAAUACCACCGCACACGAAGAUUGUCGAGUGGCCAUGGCGAGCACUGUUCAAGGGCGUGCCUUAUGCGAAGACGGCUCGCAUUCUCAUUGCCAUGUCCAUACCUGGCAACAUACUGUUCAUCUUUGCGGCCGAUUAUAUAAACAUGAGCACAACUACUGUAACGUGGGUGUUUAUGCUCUCCUAUCUAAUUGCCAGUUUGCUACAGGUAAUGUUGCUGUUGUACAUUGCGCACAUCAUUGUGCAUGCCAUGUGGAAGUGGAAAAUCGAUCCGGAUAACUCGGCCAUACCAUAUCUGACGGCGCUGGGCGAUCUGUUGGGUAGCAGUUUGCUGGCUGUGGCUUGGCUCUUUACGAUGUCUGUGAACAAACAAUACGGCUCCAAUUUGGACACACUAAAUGCGCCCAACUAGCGACAGACACAACCACACACACAUACACACACACACACACACAAAA